GAACAAGCAGUGUAGCAAUGGCGGAAGGCAGCGAAUAUUAUCCGUCUGUGUAUACGCUGGACAGCCAUGCUGCGCCCCCGCCGCUGCCCCCCAGAUUUGACCGACAGCGACGUGGUGCCCGGUCGACCCAGACCCUGAUGUCCCUCCUGGUAUGCCUGGCAUUGUGCGGCAUGACCAUAGAGGCCUGCUUCAUCUAUCGGCUCUACCACCCCGAUCCUGUUGACUCGCCGUCUACCCACAAGUCUACCCAAGAGAAGGAAGAUCCUACCCCGACUGAGAAUGCAAGCCCCGUUAUUCUGCCCUCCAAACCUGUUGCACACCUGACAGAUGGAGAAAGGGUACGCCACGGUAAGCAGACCCUGUCAUGGAGCAUGGACGCCAACCCGCUCAUGUACAAGAUGAAGUACAAAGAGGGGCGCCUUGUCAUUCAGACGGAGGGCUACUACUACAUCUAUUCCAAGGUCUUCUUCGUGGACACGUCGGCAUUUCAACACAGCGUCAAUAUGGUCACCCCGCGGUACGUCGGUGGGCAUAUCACCCUUCUGCAGUCCAGGAAAUACAUCCAGAAGACCAGCACGAGAGCCGAGUCCAACAGCUAUCUGGGCGGAGUGUUUCAUCUGAACCCGGGCGACGCGGUCUUUGUGUCGGUCAGCAACACCACGCUAAUUAUACGAUCUGAGAGCUAUGACAACUACUUCGGCGCAUACAUGAUAUAA